AUGAUUGUUUUGGCCUUUGGAACUGCCUUUUGUGGCCUUUCCGGAACCCUUUUCUUUCUCUCAACAUACUUUCUGGGCUUCAAGGGAUUGCAAUUGAGGGUGAACUUGGCAAUGUGGAUCGCGACUAUAUUCAUGUUUACAGUUUCAGCAUCCCAUUAUGCUUUGAGCUGGGCGAUCACACUGAAAGAAGUUCAAGGUUCCUUUGAAAUACCGCGCAGCAGCCAAACGGUCAAGAUGAUGACUGCCCAAAGCUAUCUUCCUAUCAUCAAUUACCUCCUUAGUGACGGCAUCAUCGUCUGGAGGGCCUGGGUUUUGUGGAACCGCAAGAUCAAGAUGGUUAUUGCCCCCAUUUUUCUUCUCGCAGUCUUAACACCAAGCGCACCCUCUCAUCGACACAAAGUUGAGAACGGAGCAUCUCUAGCAUGUGAAACUGCUGUCUGGGCGCUGACCCUGUCCACAAACGCUCUUACUACCUUCCUGAUCGCAUUUCAGGCAUGGAAGCAUCAUCGAAGGGCUAAGCGGCAUUUUGAAAAUGGGGGUCGCAGGGUCAAGGUGGAAGCCGUGCUUGCUCUCCUUGCUGAGUCGGGUGCAUUUUAUUGUGUUGUAUGGAUUGUGUAUAUGAUCAGUCAAUUUCGCGGACAUAUAAAGAUGACUACGCCCUUCUUCGGACAUGGGAGUCUGUUUACCGAAAUGAUGCCUAUUAUCGUAGUUAAUGUCUCGGGAAGUUAUCCCCUCAUCAUCAUAGUCUUGAUUUCAUUACAGAGGACGGCCUGGGAUAUGACCUUUGAUAAACCUCUCUCCACUAACGAGCACCUACAUGAGCGGGCGGCAGACCAGACUGCCACGAGAGCUAGGGACCACAGCUCUUCCAUAAUUGAAAUCCAACUUGAUCGUUAUGUCACGAUACAUGACGACAACUUCAAGGAAAUAGAACAGCCUCUAAAAGCUAGCGUUCCCUAG